GAGGUUAUUGCACCAUGGGUGUGGGGUUCACUUCACAGCAUAUGAGGGGCUUCGUGGAUGAAUGCUAGUUAAUGAGGUUAUUCAAUAAUCACUGCCAUUGCACUGAUUUAUGGCAAGCAAACGGAUAGCGAGUGACAGAGACGGAGAAAUCAGGCCCAAGUAAAUGGUGGGAGGGAUGAUUAGGGUUAUCUUCGGGUGCAUGUAAAGGGGACGGAUUCAUGCCUUCGUGGUUUGGCUUAGACUGAAACAGAGAAGAGAAGCAAUCAGAGCGCAAGUGGAUGAAUGUGGGCGUCCGCGAUUCGCCAAAAGCGGCUUCUUUUCCUCCUUUAAUUAAAAUUUUAUCUGAAAGGGGCAACUGCACCUGCUGCUUCUCCCAUUGGCUCAACUUGGCUGCUUUGCUUUGGUUUUUUCUCACACCACAGAGAGAAGGAGAAAGCCCAUAAUAUCCGUCCAUCUUUGAUGUUAUCCUCUGCUUACUCAACCACAAGAGGCCUGUUUCUCUCCCUCUCUCCACUCCCUUUCCAUUCUUAUCUCUUUUUAUUACUUAUUUUGCUGCUGUUUUAGUAUUCUUCUUCUAAACUUUUCUACUCUUUUAUUCAACCUCAACCCCAUGUUUGAACUUUAUCUUGUCAAAAAGAUUGUUGGCAUAAUCACAUCUUUGCCGGAAGACUUACCGCGGUAAAUGUUGGGAUAUCAAUGCGAACAUCUUGUAGGAAAAGACAAGGAAAUGAAAAAUGGAAGUUUCGCUAAGCUUAUUGACUAUUUUUUUUUAAUAUAAUUUUUGUUCCAGGCCUCCUCACAUAUGAAAGAUAGUUCUUUUUUUGGUUCAUCAAUGAUUUACUCUUCAUCUCUCAGAAGAUCAAAUUAGCUAUUUUUUUAGUAAAAUAUUAAAAUCCGGAUUUUUCUCCAAGUAGGAAUGUGUGAUGAGAAAUAUUGUAGAUGUGAAUUUUUGGUUCCUACGAGGUAUAUAGAUAUUGAAAUUGAAUUGCUUCAUAACGUACAACAAACAGACACGCUAAUUUAGCGAAAGAAAAAUCUUUUGAUCAGCAAGCUAUAUUAUACAAGGAUAUCGUGUAGGAUGUAUGAAGGGGCUGGACUUGCAUUGUCUCCUAGUCAUAAGUCAUAAUGUCAUGGCUUCGCAAUGUAGUGGAGUUCAGAAGCUGCAUUAAGAGGACAUUAACAUUUUGAAGUCGUCUCUCAGGUGACUGGACCAAUAGCACUUUCUGAAAAACUAAUGUCAUGAAUCAUUAAUCUGGGGAGAAGUGGGUUUUAAUGUGGUAUCAAUUUGCAUCAGCGGUACUGAAAUAAAAGCAUUUAAAUAACUGGUAUUCUUUUUAAAUAAUCAGGUUUAGAUGCUUCAAUCUCUUAACUAAUUCUUCUGUUAGUCUAUAGCUAAUCAUAAUACUGUGGUCCCCACCUCCCGGUGUGUGUUCCUCCUGUAAUCACUCGCUUGAACUUGGAAGUGAGGAGGGAGAAAUUUUAUUUUAUUUUUUCAUUUUAGUUUUAGUUUUAGCUCAGGGACAGAAUACUUUUACAUGGUCUUUUGAUGCUUCAUCUUUCUUGACAUGUUUUAGUAAUGACUACUCAACCAUGAGACAAUUUGUGUCAGAUAGCUAUGCCGUGUAGAAGUAUUUUCUUGUUUUGAUUGUUAACACUUAAUGUAACUAUUUUUCUAUACGUGUGUGUGUGUGUGUGUGUGUUCUCCCUUCCUUUUCUAUAAUACAUAUAAUAGUAAUAAUGGCGCUUUCCUGUCUGUUUGGGAUCAUCCUGUCUUUUAGACCAUUGUUACUGGUUGAAGUGGUUAAAAGUUUAAAAUCCGUUUCUCUGUCAUUCUAAGGUAAAUAAUGAAACUUAAAAAUCGUACGAGGGAAAGCAGGAGCUAGUACUUGGAUUAGAGAGACACAGGAGAGGCAGGGAAAGGAGGGUAUGGAGUGUUUCUGUCUUGUAUUUCAAAAGGUCUAAGUUCUCUGUUCCUUGAACCGUUCCAAAAUAUUGUUCAACUUGUUAAAACAGGGAAAAUGGUGUUUUACUAGCAUACAUAAUAAAAAAGACAACGUUUAACAGUCAUGGAGAUUCUUCUAUCAUUCUCUAUAGGCUCUUGCUGACGUCUUGGAAGGUUUGUCCCAUAGUACUUGCAGGUAGGUACUGCUGAAUUGAAACGCCAAUAAUUGUUCAAUGCCAUAAAUGCCCUUAUCGUCUCUUCUGUUAUAUCUUUACGUUGUAACAAUUAUAGGCUGCGAUUUCAAUCCCAUCUUCUUUUAUUCAGUAAGGAAACUGGGCACAAUUUUUUUUGGCUUAUGGUAUUUUUGAAUUGAUUGCAUGAGCGUUACUUUUUUGCACCACAGAUUGGAAAAUUUAUAAUUUGUUAAUGAAUAAGCAAGUCGUAAGUUCAACUUGUUUCUUGCAGAAGCUCCUUUUGUGGUUUCUGCUUUUCUUGCUUGAAUCCAUUAUCUCCUGGAGACAUGGUACUGUUGUAUACAUACAUGGAACACAUAUGAUUGUGUACAAAAAUAGAAUGAAAAAAGAAAUUGUAUGGAAAAAUUUAGGAAAAUAGUGGGUGAAAAUCCUUACACCUGCACCUUUCAGCUUAGAUAUAUCAAAAACUGAAAAUGAUUUUUUUUCCUUACCAUAAUUUCCCUUAAUAUAGGCACAGUGAAUUUGUUUGGCUGCUGUUGUAUAGUGUGUCUUAUAUAGAGGUUAUUACUUAUCACUCUGGCCCUAUUCUGCCUAUAAUUCUAUUUUUCAUUAUUGGUUAUUUUAACCUCUUAGAUAGAUUGAUUCCCUUGGUUUUACAUUUCGUAUUGCUCAGCUGAUGAUUAAUCCUAUGAUAGUCUUGCCACUUGGUCAAUACUGUUUGAUUUCUUACUUGUUAUGUUUGUGUGAUUUGUGAUUUCCUCUUUGAAAGUUUAGAUAUAUGUAUUUUUCUUUCAAUUCAGUGGUCGAGAAUACAAUUUGUUGUGCUGAAAAUAAUGGUUAGAAGGACCUUGUGGCAUGGUAUAUUGCUUCUUGUUGAAGAAACGAACCAAUAAGGGAUUUCUCUGAAGAGGCAAGAUUUGUAUUAUAGGUGUAAGGAGACACCAUAGUGAGGCCAUCGCCUAGAAGAAUCCAUUUAAAGCGGGUAAUAAAAAUGGUAACAAAAGUAGUUUGCCAAAACAAGGAAAAGAACAAAAAUUUUGAAAGCCCUAGACUGUCCCCAACUAUUUAUAACACCCAUGAGGCCAUCCAAGAAGACCAGGACUUCUCUGUAUCUGCCUCUGCCUCGUGUACUUUGUCUCUCAGAAUUAUGGGAGAAAACCCAUGAUUCCACCAACCCUUCAUCUCCUCUCUCAAUUCUGUUUGCAUCAGACUGAUAAAAAAAAAAAAAAAAACCAUAUAAUAGAGUUGGGCAAUCCAUCGUUUUUAAGGAAAGAAACAGACAGAGGGAAUGGAAUUAGAUAACCUCUGUAGCCUUGAAGAAGAGCCUCAUCUCUCUGGUGCUUACAUCCGUAACCUAGUGAAGCAGCUAACUACCUCAAGAACAAAAGACUCCAUGAACCCUAGAAACCCAGAUUUUACUGUUGCCGGUGAUACUUCCCAAGCUCGAAAGUUAACCAAACGUGACAGAGUUUUAGAUGCCCAUCAGCCAAAACAACCCACGCAGCCUCAACAACAUAAAAAACAAAUCAGGAGGAGACUGCACACGAGUAGGCCUUACCAGGAAAGGCUUUUGAAUAUGGCAGAGGCUAGGAGGGAGAUUGUCACCGCCCUGAAAUUUCACAGAGCUGCUAUGAAACAAGCUAGUGAACAGCAGCAGCAACAGAAGCAAGAAGCUCAGCAACAGCCAUCAGUAUCCCUCCAGCCUCUGCAGCACCCAAGUUUUGAGCAAGAUGUAAUUGUCAAGUCUUGGAGAAAUCCUGGAUCAUAUCCAUCAUGCACAACUAAUUUCUCGAAUUACAUGGAUGCUUUUUCUUAUUCAUCAUUGUCUCAUCCUCUUCCAUCGUUUUCAAAUUCUUAUUCCUGCCCCAGUGCUUCUCCAAUUGCUCCGCCCCUUGUGCCCGAGACGCCCAAUAUCAUGCUUCCAAAUCAGGCUUUGGGCUUGAAUCUCAAUGUUCAUGAUUUCACCAAUUUAAAUGCUACCCUUUACCUUAACAACAUCAGCACAUCAUCACACUCAUAUUCUUCUCCAUCACCAUCUUCUCCAUCACCAUCCAUUGCAACUGAUCAGGAAACUCCUAUGGCCGCAAUAUCACAGGGAGAGGAGACUGCUGCAAUAGUCGAUGCAAUUGAUUCCAGUGCUGUAGUCCAGGCUACUGGGGGCCUGCAUACAGCCAUGGACGAUGAGGAGAUGGCAGAGAUCAGAUCAGUAGGAGAGCAAUAUCAAAUGGAAUGGAAUGACACUAUGAAUUUGGCCACAUCAGCGUGGUGGUUUAAGUUUUUUAAGGGCAUGGAACAUGAAGCAACUGCUGAUAAGCCUGAAGAUGAUGCGUAUCAUAUUUUUGAGGAAGUCAUGGGCUUUCCAGCAUGGUUGAAUGCAAACGAAAGCUGCUUAGAACAGUGCUCACAGGAUUACUCCCAAGAUCCCACCUUACCUUGCAUGGACAUUGGAGAAAUUGGAGACAUUGAAGGUAUGGAUGAGGAGUGGUUAGUGUGACAAGGAUUGAUUAUUUUUUGUUAAAUCAAACCUUCGGUGCCUUUUGCUUUUUCCCCCAAUGGAGUGACUAGGGGAUUUGACACUGUAAUUCCAUUUUCAUCUUCUUUUGGACAAAUAAGGCUUGCAAUAUAUCUAAAAGGGCAGGCCAAGGCCACAAAUAAAUGACACGAACAUUGUUUUUUUUUU